UACGGACAUGCUAACGGUUACACAAUUGAAACGCUCUAGCGUGUUAGCUAGCAGUAGCUGACCUUCUAGCUAGCUAGUUAGCUAGUUGGAUUUAUGUGUGAAACCUGAUAAACAGUAAACAGUUCUAAUAAUGUUCCUGGCUGUAAUGAAAAGGCACAUCUUAAAUACUUGCACGGGUCAAUCGUGGCAGUCUGUGCAGCAGAUGUCCAGAAGGUCGUCCUGCCGUGCCCAGCUGGGUUGCCUGACCAGCGUGAGUAAUUCUGUCCCUAUAGGCUGCUCCCGGCUGCUCCGCGGGAUGCCCAGCAGCUGCUCCUGGCUGCUCAGUGGUAGACCGAGUGCUGACCGUGUGGCGAGACUCCAGCCCCUCCACCUCUCCCCGGCCUCACCCCACCAGCGGCAGCGGCGGCAGGCCGAAGAGCCGCCUCCGCGGGAGCUGGACCUGCUGCGCUACGACAUGAGGGACUUGUGGAAGGGGCCCAAGCCUGCGCUGUACCUGGGCUUCUCCGGCCUCCUCCCCUUUGUGGCCCCGCCUCUGGCCAUGGCCGUGACCGAGCUGUACUUCCCGGAUUUGGCGUAUGCCCAGGUGGCUUACGGGGCCUCCAUACUGUCCUUCCUGGGCGGGGCGCGCUGGGGGUUUGCGCUCCCUGAUGGCAGCCCGGCCAAGCCCGACUGGCUGAACCUGGCCAAUAGCGUGGUGCCCUCGUUGAUGGCCUGGGUGGCUCUGCUGUUCCGGGACAGCAUCACGGAGGCGGCUGUCAUGGUGCUGAUGGGGCUGGGCGUCUCCCUGCACUACGACCUGGCUCUGCUGCCCACCUACCCCAGCUGGUUCAAAGCCCUACGGGCCAUCCUCACGCUUGUGGCCACCUUCUCCUUAGUGUCUACCCUGAUUCUGAAGGGGGUCUACCCCGAGAAGAAGCUCAGCUUUGGAGACUGAAUGGUCAUGCAUAUGGCAGCAAGAGGCCACAAGAUACCUGGAAAUUUUCUACUCCUGGAAUCCCAUACUGAAUGGAAUUUUGGUAGGGCAAGCAAUUGUGAUAAAACUGCACCAGUCUGCUCCACUGAUGCACUUUGAGUUGUGAUACCAAAUCGUGUUACUUUCAUUUUCCUGCCUGCUUAUAUAUUGACUAAGGCGUUCAGUGCUUAGCUAAUGUUUUUUCCAACUCGAAUAGUCCAUGUUGGGCUUGCUCAUGACAGUGCAAGCAUAGGUUUAAUAAGUGCUGCUCACUACAAAAGCUUCACAUAUGAUUUUGAAAAUGACCAUGAAGGGCCCUUCAGGACCUCUUUUAUUCAGGAUGUUUUUUUUUUUUUUCACAGACUGCCUCUGCUGUAGCACACUCAUUUUGAAGUUGGCACACCUGUACCGGCCAGAGGCACAGACACCCGUACAGACUGCCUCUACUGUAGCACACUUGGCUCUGAGGCCCACACACCUGGACGAGAGACAUUAUGAAACACAGCUUCACUACUGGAGGCUUAAAAAAGUGCUGGUGACUAGCUUUAGCUGUCCGAGUGGCUAAUGUCCGAUCUGUGCAUUGUACACCUUGGCUCCCUAGCAGCAGGUGUUUCUGAUCACUUAAAUUCACACAUUUACAAGCAAAUUAAAAACAGUGAAAGAAAAUGUACUCCUUUCCCAACAAUCUGUAACAGAGGCAUUAUCACUUGACGAAACGUAAAGGCUGUGCGUACCAGUAAAGAGGUAUUCAGUAAACCCAUGAAAAGUCAUAUGGAUUGUCUAGUAAACACAUGAAAUUCUUGAAAUGUGAAUUAAAACACAAAUGUCACCA